AUGUCUGCUAACAAAAGGUUUCAUCUCAUCAGCGACCUUAAACCCUUUAAGGAUGUGUGGCGUGUUCAAGUGAAACUGAUUCACUCAUGGAUACAAAACCCACCUUACGCUGAUGAAACAUUAGAAAUGGGUGCUAAAGUUCAGUGCUCCUGCAAGAGAACUCUCAUUAAGCGAGUUCAACGUAGCCUUCAUCUUGGAAAAUGGCGUGUUAUUCAGAAUGUGAAGAUAUCUGGAACCGGUGGCAAAUACAAACCAACAAACCUGGGCUAUAAGAUGAAUAUCACAAACGAUACUGUUUUUGCAGAUUCCGAUCUCACUGACGAUAGCAGCUUUUUAUCUCUAGCAAGUUACAAUGAGAUAUUGGAUGGAAGUGUUGAUACUAAGUGUCUUAUUGAUAUAAUAGGCCAAGCUAUUGAUAUUGGUGAAGUUCAGAUCAUCCAAGUCCAUAAUGAAGACAGGAAAAGGAUUCUAUUUCGCUUACGAGACAACAGUGGUAAUUCUUUGGCAUGUUGUCUUUGGGGCCGUUAUGCUGAGAAAAUCGAACAUCAUCGUGAGAAACAUGUUGGUGAAGACAUUGUUUGCUUGCUAAGAUUGGCUAAAAUCAGUGAGUUUGGAGGUGAAGUUCAAAUAACAAAUGCAUUUGAUGCAUCACUUUUGGAUCUCAAUCCAACUAUGGCUGAGGCUUUGGAUUUCAAAGAGAAGCUCAAAAAUAUGGACCUUCCUCUAGCUGGGAAUGAACAGAAUGACCCGAAAAAGGAUCUUCUCAAAGAAACUUCUGAGCUCGAGAACGUUAAGAUCGUGUGUUCGGUGGAAGCAGUAGAUACUGAUUGGGCGUGGAUCAGAAGGUCUGUGUCUGGCAAGCUUACUAAACCUCUGUUCUGUUGUGCUGGAUGUCGUACCAAUGGAUCUAAUGUCGUUCCAAAAUUCAAACUUCAUUUGAUUGUUCAUGAUGACACUGGAGACUGUAAACUCGUGUUGCUUGGCUCUAUUGCAAAAAGCAUCAUCGGUUUUGAAGCACAUGAGCUUUGGGAUGGUUCUUAUGAAGAGAUUGAAGAUCCAGAAAAUUUGCCUCAACCAAUACUGGAUUUGGUAGGCAAAUCUUUCUGUUUUGGACUCUGUCCCUCUGAUUCCGGAUCCGAGAUCUAUAAGGUUUCAAAAGUCUGGUCUGGAGAUAUUAUUCACCAAAUUGAAACUGAAUCAGAACCAGUCACCCUUAUAGAAGGUUGUUCAUCCACUGUGUCUUCUGGUGGGGUUAUGUUGCAGGAUGUUGAGAAUCAUGCAUCAUCAGGAGAUUGUGCAACUCCUUUCUCGAAAAGAAAAGAAACUGAUUCAGAACUGGCAGACAUAACAUCUACUUCAAAGAAGUUGUGCACUCCCACAGUCAAGACUGAAAAAUCUAAGAUCGAUUAG